AUGCAUCCAAAGAAGAAAGCCAGGCACACUUCUCCCAAAUGGUCCUUGAACAAUUUGAGGACAAGGAAAAUUGCUGAUACAGCACAUGAAGACACUGAUGGUUCUCGACAGCAAAGAGAAUUGUCCACACGAGGUGUUGGUGGUCAUGCAGCACAGCUCAAAAAAAACUGGAGAGAUCUUAGUGGCCCUGGCAAGGCAACAGGAGGGAAGACAUAUUGUCAAAAUAAGUUGGGGUUCAAGCCACCUUCCACUGACAAACAGGAUCCCUGGGAGGCAAUGCAGUCCAUCAGUCACAGUUCCAAGAAAGCUGUGGGCAAAUCCUUAGAAUGUGAUGCAAGGAAGGAUAGAAGACCAUGGGAUUUAGAUGAACAUGAUGAGUCAGAGGAUGAUGCAAAGGAUGAUGCCAAUGAGCAAGACCACAAUGAUCAACCCAGUGAAGAUGAAGAUGGCUUGUUGCAUGAUAUGCAGGAGGCUCAAGUGAACUGCAUGGCCUCAUACGGUGAUGAAGACAGCAAUACUCACAUGGAUCUUGACCAGGGGGAUUUUGACAGCCGAGUCUUGGACAACAAUCCUACUCAUCACAAAGCCACAGACACUUUUGAUGUCCUUGAACACCAUCAAAUGAAAAAUGGACAACACAAAGCUCCCUCCCCAACUUGUUUAGCACACACACAUCAUCCCUCGAAGCUCAGCUUCUAUCCAACAUCUUGGCAAGCUUUCCUGCAGGAAGCAAAGUUGGAAAUGUGGUUGCAGGCAGUUUUAUCACAUCCUCUUCCAGCUCAUCAGGAUGUGGUAUCACUGGCACAAGAAGUUUUGGAUACCAUAUUAUGGACAUACCACAUAAAGAAGCUGAAGCUUGACAAUGAGCUCAAAAAAAUUGUGAUAUUUAUCAUGAAGCAAUUAUACAGUAUAUUCUUGAAGGGCAACUCAAUGCACAAGGAGUGUGUCAGUGAAGCAGUGGCUAAGCUCCUGAAGACCAGCAAAUAUCUUCGGCUCCCUGACUCUUCUGAGAUAAAGGGUGUUCUCUCUGGCUUCUGCGACAGUGGUACUGACAAGGUGCCUGACCUUGCCACUGACAUGUGCAGGGCUGACUUCAAUGCACUGCAAAAGUCUAUCAACAAGUUGAUGGUCGUUCCCAAGCGUCAAGUGGAGCCUGAAGAGAUGCAGAAGGAAUGGGCCAAGGAGGGGAUGAUAGGUGGAAUUCACAAUGACUCGGAUGGUGCAGCAGGCAGCAAGGAUAUCAAUAUCAUCAUUUAG